CUGAAGGUUAUAAUGGGACUAUUUUUGCCUAUGGCCAGACAGGCUGUGGGAAGUCUUUUACUAUGCAAGGAGUCAAGGAUCCAACAACACAAAGAGGAAUUAUUCCCAGGUCAUUUGAGCACAUAUUUGAAACAGUGUCUAUUGCUGAAAACACAAAAUUUCUCAUACGAGCUUCAUAUCUUGAAAUUUACAACGAGGAAAUCCAUGAUUUACUUGGGAAGGAUACAAAAUUGUCAAUGAGUUUGAAAGAACACCCAGAGAAAGGAGUUUAUGUUCAAGGUUUAUCCUAUCAUACAGUUCAAAAUGUUGAAGAUUGUAGAAAAAUUAUGGAAAAAGGCUGGCAUAACCGCACUACAGGGGCCACACUGAUGAAUAAAGAUUCUUCGCGUAGUCAUUCUAUAUUUACUAUUCAACUCGAAAUGAUUACCAAGAAAGAUUCUGAUGAAGAGCACAUAAGAGCUGGGAAGCUGAAUCUUGUUGACCUUGCAGGUAGUGAGCGACAAGUUAAAACAGGAGCCAGUGGUGAUCGCUUGAAAGAAGCUUCAAAAAUCAACCUUUCUUUGUCAGCUUUAGGAAAUGUAAUAUCAGCCUUAGUGAAUUCUAAAGUAAAACACAUACCUUAUCGAGACUCAAGAUUAACAAGAUUGUUGCAAGACUCCUUGGGAGGUAAUACAAAAACCCUGAUGGUAGCGUGUUUGUCACCUGCUGACAACAACUAUGAUGAAACACUUAGCACUUUGCGAUAUGCCAACAGAGCUAAAAAUAUUAAAAAUAAACCAAAGAUAAAUGAAGAUCCAAAAGAUGUUCUUCUUAGAGAAUAUCAAGAGGAGAUUACAAAACUGAAGGCUUUGCUGAUGGGUCAGAAUCAGUUGACCAAAGAUAUAAAUCAAGUACAAAAGGAAAAUGAAAAACAGACUGGGAAAAGUUCAAGUCCAGGCAAUUUGGUCAGAAAAGAAGAACUCGAAAAAGAAAAAGAAAACUUGAAAAGGGAAUAUGAAAUGCACUUUUCUGAAAUUCAAGCAAAAUAUGAGGAAGAAAGAAACAAUAGAGCAAAGCUCCAGGAAGACAUGACAAAACUACAAGAUUUUUAUGAAUCAAAGCUAUCAUUUGUUGAUGGACAAAUUGCAGAACUGCCAACUGAUCAAGAUCUUCCUGAAAAAGGUGCGCUUGAAGAUCAGAAUGUAACGAGUUUAACUGAAGAAGAAGUUGUAAGCUCAGACCUAGAUAACAUAGAAAAUGUAGCAGAAGAGCAAGAAACAGACAAGAAUAAUUUGGUUACUGUGGAUAACUCCAAUGUUCAGCAGGAAGCCAUGAAAAGAUUGCUUGUACUUCAACAACAAAUGGUUGGUGGGGAAAAUGUCAACAACAAAGAAGUAAAAGAGAGAAGGAAGAAAAAAAUGAAAUUCGCUGAAGAGAGAAAGAGAAAACUUGCGGAGGCUGUAGCAAACAUGGAUGAUGAUUAUAUCAUGAUUGACAUAUAUGAAAACAUUCAUGAUGAACUGAGGGCUGUAACCAAAAAACUUGGAAAGGCACAAAAGAAGGUCGUUCAGUUAGAAAGUGAAUUUUCUGAUAUUCAGUCAGAAUUUGAAGUUGAACGAAUUGAAUAUAUCCAGACAAUUCAGAAACAAGAAAAGCAAGUUCAGCUUUUCCAAGCAAUUCUUGACCAAAUACAACCCUGCUUACGUAGAGAUUCCAAUUAUUUUAAUUUGGAUAAGAUCAAAAAUGAAGCUCAUUGGGAUGAAGAUAAUCAAAAGUGGAUUCUGCCAAAAGUUGCUUUAGAGAAGACAACGAUGCCUUUUGUGGAAACAGUUAACAAUUCAGCUGGACAGAAAAUUCCAGAACAGCAAGGUUCUACAGGCUAUAACAGUUCAAAUUUAUCUAAAGCAGAAGAUGACAAGCUAAGAGAGAAACUCUGGAAGAAUGAUAACACAACAAAUUAUUUUUACCAAAUGCGAAGAUCAAAUCAGCUGAUUUCUGACCAAGCAAACAGAAUGAGUGUUAGUCAAAUCAAAGAAAGUUUCUCCUCUUCUGGGAACUUUAUGAAUAUGCAACACCAGCAUUCUGUACCAUUAGUGCCAGGAGGCUCUUUCACAAGCUCUGAAGUCCAGCUCGAACCCACUCAUAAAUCUUCACCGAUAUGUGGUCCCCUAUCAACAAACAGUGAUACUGCUGCUGAUGCUACAAUACGAAAACCAUUAAGACUAGAAGCUCUCAACAUUAACCAGUCCCAUGGUCGGAAGUCAAAGAAGAAAAAAAAUUCAUACAACAUGUUCGAAUAAGGAAAUAAGGCUAUGAAAUUGCUUCUAUUUGUAUGUGUAUGUUAGUUGUCAUGAUGUCUAUGUGAGUGCAACAUGGUCUGCCAUAUUGAGAAAAGUAUUACCUCUCUGCUUUAUAUACAACUAGCUGUGGGUGACUUAAUGCUUUUAUGUGUAAGGGAAAGGUGAAGUAAACAAUAUCUAUUGUUCUGAACUUGAAGUGAAAUUUAGACAAAAUGAUUUUCUGUCUGAAUUUUAAGUUUUUCAAAACCAAGAGAACAAAAAGGCAUGAUCAAUUUGUGCCUAAUAUUUUCCACACUUAUACAUACAUGCAUACAUGUUGAUAUUUUAAAAUUGGGUAAAUGAGUCUUCAUCUUUUAAACAGGCUUAAUAAAUGAACGUAUGACAACUUGCACAAAUUUGUAGCUUUCAAAUAAAAUAUUGAACAAAAGUAAGCCUGCUUUUCUUAGAAAAUAAACAUUUCAAUAUGAUUUUAAAAAAAAUUUACAUUAUUUAUGUUUAGUAUAUUCUUUUCAUAUAGCUUCGUAUGUGUAGAAUAUCAAAAUAUUAGGCAUGCAAACAUUUCAAGUUCACACUUUAAAAUCCUGUCACAACUGUGAAUUUGUCUCUAAUUUUGAGAACUUAUUUGAGAAGAUACAAAAAAAAAAAAAAAAAAAAUGAAACAAAAAACCCUGUAAAUUCUGUCAACAGUUCUCAAACAGACAAUAUCAGCUCUCCACCAAAGAAAAAAAGUGAUAACAAAAAAUGUAAAAUUUUUUGUCCCUACUGUCUCUUGAUAAGAAAACAAAAUAGUGUCAGCCAUGUAAUUCUUUCUUUUCCAUGAUGUUGAACAAGUUUGAAAUGUUUAAACCAUUUUGAUUUCAUGAAAUAUAACAAUAUGAAUGCUCUUUUUUCAAUCUGAGUUGCCCACUCAUAUGAAAAAUACUGGACUAUUUCAUGGUGUUCAAGAAUACUUGAGUACCUCACCUAGCCGGUGUCAAGGUUAGAUAAAUUGAUUUAUUGCUUAAUUUGUGAAAGGGUGUACAAACAGAAUGAUCGUUUAUGUUCAAAAUAGUGAAGCAAAAUAGAAGAUAACCCUGAUCAGAGGAGAGAGAGAACCAAAUGAAAAUUAGUAGAACCUGUCUAGUGCCUAAACAGAAAUGAUCCCCACUAUACAAUGUAUAAUUUAUUGUGAAUAACUUAUUGUGAAAGAACCAUGUAAGAAUUUAGAAAAGUAUGAAAUGAUGCUAUGUUUUGUGCUGAAAAUCCAAAGUGCUCAAUGCCUAUUAUGUUCAAGAGGAACAUUAAAGGAAUUGAUUUCACUGGUAUCUUGGAAGGCCUACAAAAGCUAUGGACACAGCCCUUUCUACUAGACCAGAAAAGUAAAUAAAUGAAAUAUAAGAUAACAAAUUUUAAAUGGAACUUGGUCUUCAGAAAAUUAGUGUAAAUGACAUUAAAAUUGAUUAGAAUAUGCAGCCUUCAGCAGUGCUAUUUUGUACUUGUGUAUUGUAAUGUAAUAUUUCUGAGUUCAAUACUAGUCCAAGGAUAAUUGUGUGUGCAUAAUAUAUAUAUGCAAGUGUGUGUGUGUGUGUGC